AUGUCUAGGGAAGAGUUGGAGGGGAAAUUAUUUGUGUAUGAUUCGAAGAAUAGCCUGCCUGCAUAUUCCAAUGGAGUUGAGAGCAGUGUGAAGGUUGUGUAUAUCGGAGGCCUUGGAUCGCGGUUGCCCAUCUGCCUGCCCACAACCAUGCUGAACAGGUACUGCCUUGAGAACAGUUACGAGCUCAUAAUUCCACAGUUGAGGUCCCAUCCUAACUACGGACUUUUCACAAUUGACGACGAUGUAGAGGAUUUAAAGUGCUUGUUGGAGCAGCUUUGUGGAGACGUAGUCUUGGUUGGGAAUUCAACAGGAUGCCAGGAUAUUAUGCACUACUUGAAUACAACAAAGGACAGGAAGAUCAGGCUGGCUGUGCUCCUAGCAGCCGUAAGUGAUGUUGAGCUGGAAGAGCAUGAGAAUAAAGACCUUUCUACCCUGUUGAGAUGGGCAAAGGAGACAAUUGAAAGGAGGGAGGACGUUGCAGUUAGAUAUGGUGGUGGAAGUCAGUACUUGACACCAAGAAGAGCUCUAGACAUCUUUUCUAGAUACGGGAAGGAAGAUAUGUUUUCGAGUUAUCUAGAGGACAGAUUUUACAUGGAGCUGAACGAAGGAGGUGCAAGGAUCCUAUUUGUGAUAUCUGGAAGGGAUGAGUAUGCCAAGGCAGAUAUUGAGGCGAAGCUAAGGCUGGUAAGAAACUCAAGGGUCGAGCGGAUACCGGAGGGAACGCAUGUUCUGUCACGUGCCGAGGAUGUUGAAAUGUUCUUGGGAUUUCUCUCACAAGAAAUUGAAAAGGCAAUAGGACAGAAAGCACAGUCCCCAGAUGAUCGUCCAUAG